AUGAAGGUGAACGGACCCAGCUUGGAAUUAAUUAGUGCCAGUUGCUCGGUCGUCAUCCCACACCUCAAGCUUCAGUUCUCUCGUCAGGCCUUUCUUCCCGUUACUAAAGGCAGUCGUUUGGCCUUGGCAGAGACUAGGACGCUGAUAGUACUACGCAAACGCAAUGUAGCAGCAAGAGGAACCAUCUCUGUACCUGGAAGUGUGACGAUGCAUAUGUUCGGCACCUGUGUCCUAAGCUUCUCCCUGCUGAUGGCGAUCCCCCUGGUGAGUGCCACUGUGUCCAACAGUUUCAAGGACUGCAGCCAUUUUUUCUACAUGCAGACACCACCUGCAGGAAUGAAGGGAGUCAACCUGAGGAGGGUCUGCCAGAGGUAUGCAGACAAACUGCGCUACGCCACGUUGUAUGACAGCAGUCGCCGCCUCCCCCUCUAUUCAGCCUACACCUUUAAGAAGUCUGAUGGGAAGAGGAGGAUGGACACACCGUGGAUGUAUGAACCACAGUUGGUUUCUGAUGACGAGGGUGGCAACAUGAGAGCACUUCCCCUAACUGAAGACGCCCCCCCUCUGAUUGAGGACAGCCAGGCCGUGCUGGAGGACUACACAGAUGCUGUAGAAUAUAAACGAGGCCCACUGAAUCCUGACCUGCACCAAUCAGAGCCAGAUGACAAAUCCUCCACAUAUACUCUCACCAAUGUAGUCCCAUUAAUUACAAACUUCUUGGACGCUUCCUGGAAGCCAUACUUAGACAUCAUCCGCCGCCGCCUCAACAACUUCUGCAAUGGCAAAUCCUUCAUGGUGACAGGGGUCACGGUUUCUGGAGCGACCCUCCAACGAGAUAACAGGGACCGCCUGGCAAUCCCGAAACACUUAUGGUUGGCUUACUGCUGCCCGCAGUUUGACCUUAACUCUCCGUAUGAGGUGAGGUUCAUGUUCCCUAGUUAUGGGGGCUAUGCACUGAAUGAACAGACUGACCACAGUGUGGUGGAAGUCCCUCUGAAGACUCUGGAACGCUUCCUGAAGAGACAGUCAGACAUAGACAGUGAACUGACUAUUUUCUACAAUGGUUGUGUGUCAGAAAACACCUUGAGGAAGAAGAGAGACCUGCCCAGUGUUUCAGUAUGA